CCAACAGCUGAGCUGAGACAGCAGUAGAUUACACCGAGUCUUGGUAGUAAUAGCAAAGAGCUAACACUCUGGUAUGUAUCGAAUUCGCUGUAGUAAGGUGGCUGAAACUAUAGAACUUUUGAAUUAAAAAAAGUUAAAUUGUCUAAUCUGUGUAGGUUUACUGGAUCCGCUGAGUAUUCCCUGUGGACAGAGUUACUGUAAAGUCUGUAUUGGUAACUGGGUUCAGGAUCACCAAAAUGAUCCCUACCACAUCUGCCUUAAGUGCAGACAGACAUACACCCCAAGACCUGCGCUAUAUACAAACACCAAUCUUGAUGAAGUGGUGGAAAAAAAUAGAAAAGACUGGAAUGCAAGCUGAUGAGACUGGAUCUGGAAACAGUCAUAUACUCCAAGUCAUAUACUGAGGAAAUACUGAGGAAACAUACUGAGGAGAUACUCCGCAAACAUAUGCUGAGAAAUCAGCACCUGGUCAGCAUGAACACGAAAAAGAUGAGUGGGCGCAAGACACGCAAACAAGAAGCCCAGUCACCAGCUCCCUCUUCCAGCAGACAGGACUUGAACUUUAAGGAGUUUCAGGAUCCAGAGCCAGGGAAGACACAGGAACUGUAUGCCCAAAUGGAUGACAUCCUGGAUAGGGUGACUCAAAACAACUUCCAGCAAUCAAUGAAUGCAAUAACUGAGUUCACCAUUAACACAGAGGGCAAACUGAGGGCCAUUACUGACCUCAUAUAUGAGAGGGCCAUAUCACACCCUGCCAGCUCUGUGGUCUAUGCCAACAUGUGCCACUACCUCAUGGGGCUCAAAGUACCCAUGGUUGCCGUACCAGGAGUGACAUUAAAUGUCCGCAAGAUACUUCUGAACCGAGUCAAGACAGACUUUGAGAACAUGGGGAGGGACAGUCAUGAAAUCUCGCAGAAGAAGAUGGACGCCAUCACCAAGGAGGAGGACGGCCAGCAACUGAGGGAAGAGCUGGAGGAGGUCAAGGCGAAGGGUCGGAGACAGUCUCUAGGCAAUAUCCAGUUCAUGUGCGAGUUGUACAGGUUGAAGAUGAUUACGGAGGCCAUCAUGCAUGACACCAUCGUAAAGCUGUUGAUAGAACCACGACGAGGAUUCGCUGGAGUGUUUGUGCACCUUACUCUCCACCAUCGGCAAGGAAUUGGCCAGGGUACAACAUUGUCUCUCUCUGUCCAUCACUCCCAUCGCCCAGAAUGGAUGAGUACUGCAACCAGAUUGAGAAGAUCGUGAAGAAUAGGACAACCUCCCCCAGAAUCACAAGCAUGCUGCAAAAUGUGAUGGAUCUCCGAAAGACCGAAAUACCCCAGCUUGCUGAAAAGAUGGAGAAGAUCAGACUGCAAGCUGACGAUGAUGCUGACGAUCACACUGGACCUGCACAUACGGAACCUGUUUUGCGGCCUCAUUAUAAGUCAUCACCCAUGAAGCAACAGGAG